AUGAGAAGUCAAGUGGCUGAAGAUGAAGAGACAAAUGAGAAGGCUGAUCCAUCAGAUGCAGGUCUUCCUGGGCCACCAGGCCCUCCAGGACUGCCUGGUCUUCCGGGAAAGCCAGCACCCGAUUCAGGUGUAGGACCACCUGGGUCACCAGGGGAAGAUGGAGCUUCUGGUGAACCAGGCCCUGAAGUGAUUGAUAAGGCAGUUAGUGGUUCUGGCCUGGGUCCUCAAGGUCCUCCUGGUCUUGAUGGAGUGGUUGGCCCACCAGGACAGAAGGGAGAAAAGGGUGAUCAAGGUCUUCCUGGUUCCGUUGGUCCAAAGGGUGAUACUGGAGUCCCUGGAUCAAUAGGUCCCAAAGGAGAAGCUGGUGCUGUUGGGUCUCCUGGGAAACCUGGACCGCCAGGACCUCCUGGGCCCCCUGGGCCCCCUGGACCCCCAGGACAAAGCUACAGUUUGGGAUUUGAGGACAUGGAAGGGUCAGGUAGCAUUGGCCUGUUAAGUGAAUCCAGAAUUCCAGGAUCAAGAGGGCCAAAGGGAGAAAGAGGCAAGAUUGGUCCACCAGGUUCAAAGGGAAUGCCGGGUACAGAUGGAAAACCAGGCUUUCCUGGCAUUGCUGGACAUCCUGGAGAUGUGGGUCCAAAAGGGGAGAAGGGUGACCCAGGACGUCAGGGUGAACCAGGACAGGAUGGGAACAGUAUUGUGGGACCGCCUGGGCCACCAGGACCACCAGGACCAAUCAUAGCAAUACCUGAGCUACUACUCAAUGAUACAGAUGGAAUUUUUAACUUUACUGGAAUUAAAGGACUGCUUGGGCCUCCAGGGCCAGAUGGCAAGCCAGGUCUACCAGGAUUUCCUGGCCCUCGGGGACCGAAGGGUGAUACUGGUUUGCCUGGAUCACAAGGACCCAAAGGCCAACAGGGUGAAAAGGGAGAACCGGGAGCCAUCAUUGCUGCUGAUGGAUCUUUAACUGAAUUAUUAGGAAGAAAAGGGGAGAAGGGUGAAGCUGGAGUGGUGGGACCAGUGGGACCAAUGGGACCAAUAGGACCUACUGGACCUAAAGGAGAACUUGGUUUCCCAGGACGGCCAGGCCGCCCAGGACUGAAUGGACUGAGAGGUGUGAAAGGUGAUCGAGGUGAAGCGUUUAAUGGCCUUCCUGGCUUGCCUGGACCCCCAGGGCCCCCUGGACCUCCAGGACGUAUAGUUUAUAUCAAAGGAACAGUUUUCCCAGUCUCUCCCAGACCUCAUUGCAAAAUGCCAGUGAGCACUCCUUACCCUGGAAAUCAAGAAGCUCUUAAUGUCCAUGGUGCUAAAGCAAACAGAGAUUCCUGGGAGCUGCACAGUUCAGCAGACUUAAAAGGAGAAAAGGGAGAAAGAGGUGCUCCAGGACCACCAGGUCCACCUCUGCCUCCAUCAUAUUUCAGCCACUUUAUUAAUAGCAUAAAGGGUGAAAAAGGAGACAACGGGGUCACUGGUGUAAAAGGAGAAAAAGGAGAACCAAAUGGAGGUUUUUUCCUGACAGGACCUCCUGGACCGCCUGGAAGACCAGGAUUAGUUGGACCAAAAGGGGAUUCAGUUGUCGGACCCAGAGGACCUCCGGGGUUACCUGGCCUACCCGGCUUACCAGGUUAUGGAAAAAUUGGACCUCCUGGCCCACCAGGCCCACCAGGACCCCCUGCAAUAUAUGGCUCAGCAGCCGCAAUGCCUGGGCCACCAGGUCCUCCUGGAGAGCCAGGGUCACCUGCAACCAGGAAUCUGGUUACGACAUUCCAAAACAUUGAGGGUAUGUUGGAAAGAGUUCAUUUGGUAGCAGAAGGUACGCUAAUCUAUCUGAGUGAAACCAGUGAGGUUUUUAUCCGUGUUCGAAAUGGAUGGAGAAAAUUGCAGCUUGGUGAGCUAAUUCCUAUCCCUGCUGACAGCCUUCCUCCUCCAGCCAUAUCAAGCCAUGGAUUUCAGUCUCUUCCAGCACUGAGUCCAAUAUCAAAUAUGAACAAUGGAAAACCAGCACUGCAUCUGGUGGCUUUAAAUUUGCCAUUUUCUGGUGACAUGCGAGCAGAUUUUCAGUGUUUUCAACAGGCCCAACUAGCAGGUUUGACGUCUACCUAUAGAGCCUUCCUUUCAUCACAUUUGCAAGAUUUGGCCACAGUUGUCAGAAAAACAGACCGAUACCAUUUACCAAUAGUCAAUCUUAAGGGAGAAAUACUUUUCAGUAACUGGGAAUCUAUAUUUAAUGGAAACGGUGGACAAUUCAACAUUCAUGUUCCGAUAUACUCCUUUGAUGGGAGGAACGUCAUGACCGAUCCAUCCUGGCCUCAAAAGGUAAUAUGGCAUGGUUCAACUGCAAAUGGGAUCCGACUGGUUAGCAACUACUGUGAAGCUUGGCACAGAGCUGAUAUAGGAGCUAUGGGACAAGCAUCACCGCUGAAGACGGGGAAACUUCUUGAUCAGAAAGUAUAUAGCUGUAGUAAUCAGUUUAUUGUUCUCUGUAUUGAAAACAGUUUUGUAUCUGAUCCCCAAGGAAAAUAAUUCACCUGUUGCACAUAGGAAUAUUCCAUUUUAUGAGAGAAAAAGCUGACACUGAAAUUUCAUUUGUAAUGAUGUAAAUAUUUUAUUUUUUGCAAUUGCACAUUUCAGGAAAAAAUAGCCAAAGAAAACAUACCUCAACACAAACCGCAUUCCAGUUAGGUGGAACAUCCAGUGCAUAUGCGGCUGACUUUAAAGUCCUUCUUUCCACUUGAACCCCACAUGGUUCAAAGUUUGCCAACAAGUAACUCACAGCCCCUUGUCUUUCUGGCUGAGCUGAAGAUCACUUAAGGGCACAAGUCAAGCGUGGUCUAUGAGGAAGAUCCAGUAGCCUGUCUCAUAAGCAGUAUGGCUCAGCAAGGCUGCUGCUUCCUCACAGUUGAGAAGCUGCAUGCUCUACCCUCUUCUUUUCACUUGCAUAGGUAUUGAAUACCCAAGGCACUAUUCAUAUAUAUGUAUAUAUACAUACUGUCCCUGAGCAAAUCAUGGGAGGCUGUCACAUCUUGCAGGGCUGGAAUUUUCAAAAAAGCUUUAGGAACAAAGGUGCUCACCUCCUUUGAGUUUCAGUGGAAGCCGAGUACCUAACUCCUGUAAGCUUGUACGGAUUGCAGCCUGGUGCUUACACAUAAAUUUAGAAGCUUCCACAUCUUACUUCAGCUUUUUUCUUUGCAGAUUCUAGGCAUAGGGAAUUUAUGCAGGAGGAGUGAAUUUCACCUAGACAAAAUCUGGUCCUUAUUUUGGUGCUAUUGUUACCAGGAAAUCUGGAGCAAUGUUAAUAGAAAACAUCCUGUUUUACUGGUAGAACUGUGCAAAGCAAAUGCAGACAAAUGAACCAUCUGACCUUUAUUUAUUUCAUUGUGUAUUAGAGGAAGUCAUUUCCUGUUGUGGCAGACUGAUGAAUGAAAGAUGUCUGUCAUGGUUUCUUUAAAAUAGGUUCUAGACAUUGUUACCCCACUAAGUUAUAUGUAAAGUGAUUUUCCUUUUUGUGAAUUUACUCUUCUGGCAUUCACAUAAUUAAAGAAUUGUUAAUAUAAAAUAACAGCAGCAAUGAUAGGAAUGAUCAGUAAAUGCUAAUAUUCUUUGCAAACAGUAUCACCAUAAUAUCUGAAGUCUUUUGCCUAUAUAUUCGUCUACUGCAUAUUUUAAACAACAUAUUUACUUAUAUUUUAAUCAGGCAGUAACUAUGGAGGUCUAACUCUACAUUAUCAUUUUUUAAGAUUUAAUCUAGAGUCCGUGUUGGAAAUACAUGUUCAUUUGCUGACAAAUAGAGUAUUAGAUUACUAGAUAGCUACCUUCAAAAGACAAAAGCAAAUCACACUCACUAUACUAAACUGAUAUAAUUAUAUAACGUAACAUUGUGAAAUCCAGCUUUAUUUUUCCAAUUUACUAUAAAAACUUGUUUCCCAGGGUCAGCUGAAUCAUAUCUUCUUUUUUUCUUGGAAAAGUCAUGACUCCAUUAUUACAACGUGGUAAUGAGGCAAACCCAGUUCACAUUACAUUUAAAAUGUACGCAUAACAAUUCACUGCACUCGUUUAUAGUCCAUUUCCCUAAAAUGCUGAGCACUCUUGUGAAAUGCCAAAUUCCUUCAGUUCACACAGGUGGAAGAGUUGUACA